GCAGUGCAUGGGUCAAAUCACAUACAAGAUAAGUACCAUUGAAGGCUAAAGUCGUGGCGAUGAAUCUGGGCUGUCUUUCUGUAACUGAGUGACACAUCUUACUGUUGUAAACGAUCUUUGAUCACACACGCCCAGCCUCAGCACCAGCGCAUCUCUUCUCCACGGGGUUCUCCCCUCUCUGCCCGGACUAACAUUACCACGAAGCAUGAGAGGGAUGAGGCCUUCAUGAGUAGGACAGACACCACUGGACCUCGUUCUUCUUCUCCGGAGCUCGUUUGUCGCGGUCCGUUAUGUCUUUGAGCCUGCUUCCCCUCUCGCCAUGCCCGCCGUUGAUCGCUCCCUGCCGCCGCCGCAGCUGCUGCUGCUCCUUCUGCCAUCGUUGCUUUUGAUUUCGUGCCUGGAUGGGGCGGUGGGAGCAGCGGAGGAGGGCGGCGUCCUGCCCUCCUCUUCCUCGCCCGGGGACAAUGGCCUCAGCGCCGCGGUCGGAGACCCGUCUGCCACCGAACCGACAGCCCCGGGGCCAUCCCUGGGCCCCUCCGCUCUGAUAGACGAGCCCCAGUUUGCCCUGAAGGUCCUGGUGAGGGAUCUCGUGACCCGUCAGCCUCUGCCGGGUGCUGUGGUGGACAUCUAUGUGAACCACACCCUGAGGAGCUCUGACAGGGCAGGGGAGAGAGGUGAGGUUCUGCUCUGGGUCGCAUACAGCCCAGGCCUCAGUCUGACUCUGCUGGGCACCAAGGAGGGCUACGUCCCCAGCCCCCUGCCCUGGAGCACUGCCAAGAGACCGAUUUUCUCUGCUGUCACAUUGCUGCUGCUCCCUCACAGUCAGGGGAACAUCUGGCUGUUUGAAGACUCAGUGCUCAUCACCAGGAAGUUACCUGACAGCUCAUCCCAACCCAAGGUGAAGUUCCCCAAGAACCUCCUCACAAUGUCUGAUAAGAGCAACGUCUCCUCGGUGACAGCAUACCUGACUGUACCACAGCACCACCUAGCGAAGGACUGUGCCAACUGCACUCCAGGCAUCAUCAGCAAAAAAUCACUGCUCAGAAGUAUCGAGCUGAAGGCGGUGGCAGCUGUCAAUGUCCUGCUGUACUCUGGUGGUGAGGAGCUCCAGGUUCGUGGGCCUAUUCAAAUCAGCCUGCCCCUGGGACACAGCACGCACCUCAGGGCCUCUGACACUGUGCCAGCCUGGGCCUUUAACCUGAAGACUGGUGCCUGGGAGAAUCAGGGACUGGGAAUAGUGAAAAGAGUUGGCAACGAGCUGGUUUGGACAUACACUGCUUCCCAUCUGGGCUACUGGAUCGCUGCCCCCCUUCCCUCAUCAAAUGAUUACCUGGCACAUGGAAACUCCAUUGAUUUCAUAUCAUACCACACCUACCUGUUGAUGGGAAUACUGGGAGCAACGCUGGCAAUAGUGAUUGGAUUUCUUUCCUUGCUGCUAUGUCACUGCGGGAGAGGUUCUCAUCGAGAGCCCAGGCGGAGGAGAGCGCGCUUUUCCAAACUCACGGUGGUGAAAAAAGACCAAACCACCUCCACCCACAUGGAAGAGGGUUUGCUGUUCCGUUCUGGCGAGAACAGCCUCGCUUCCUGCAGCGUCCAGUGUGAACCCUCGUCCACGCCAAGGCACAAAGCCAACUACAACAUCUAUGUGGAGGAUCCAGGGAGUCGCCCAGCGGCUCCUCUUUAUGAGAACAUCGCUCUGGAUCGGAUCAAAGGUUCCCAGCCGCCGUCUCACUACAUCAACAGUGAGGAGGUGGCUCGGCUUCGGGAGAAGUCAGAGCAAGCCAACAUGAACUCUGACAACUUCUUUCAAGAUAAGCUGGUUCAUAUCUACAACCAGCCGGUGGCCAUUAUUCAGGCACCGGAGCUUUUCGGUGCUCAAGAGCAGCAUAAGUCUGCUACUUUCCCCCGCAACGGGGUGGAGUAUGAUGCUCACUCAGAGCCUCCAAGUAAAGACAGCUACACCCAGACACUACCCAAAGCUCCUCACCAUCACUCCCAAGGUGGAGGCAGCCCACGGCAGAGCAACCAAGAUGAGCCCCAGCCUCUGGAGACUCCUCCUCCAGGCCAAGGCCCUAACGCUGUCGUGUGGGGACGCUACAGUAACCUCCUGGAAUCCUCCGUCUCCGUGCCUGGGACUCUUAAUGAGGCAGCUGGUAUGGAGGCCUUCAGCGGCGGGCAUGGUGUACCCAGCGAGCUGCAGGGGAUUUCAGAGCGCACCUUGCUGGAGCUGACCCGGGGCAAGUCUCACCCCAGAGCCUGGUUUGUCUCCUUAGACGGGAAGCCCGCUGCCCAGGUCCGCCACUCCAUAAUUGAGCUCCAGACUCGCCACCGCCCACCGAGCAGCAACGACACUAGCCUGGACUCUGGGGUGGACAUGAAUGAGCCCCAGCAGAAUAUUCGCGAGACAGAGCGCGACAGGCCCUCGAUCAGGGCCUCCUCCCUGCCGCACCACAGCCGAGGGGGGCGUUACGGCGAAGAGCAGGACCUGAGCAGCAGCGAGAGUGGCACAACAGCCACCUGUACGCCAGAGGACCCUUCCCUGAGGAACAUUUUAGACGGGAGCAGCGGGGCUAUCCCUAAUAUUCCCGAAGAGCGAGACGGAAUGGAUACAUCCAGCGCUCAGGAGGACAGCGAGUCAAGAGGUACACCGCCUCCACGGCGCCUGAGGAAGGUGAGGGAGAAGGGGAAGACAGAAAAGAGGAGUGCCAAGCAUGUCCGCGAAGGGCGACCUCUGACCAAGCGGAGUUAGAGCACGGCUCAUCGCAAGCAUUUUUUCAUCAGUGCUCAAUUUCAAUGUUCCAUCAACCGUUUAACCCACAUUAUGCUACCGUGUCAUUAGUGCUGAGUGAUCCAAAUUAGUUUUUACCACUUGUCCUCACGCUGGCAUUGUUGUUGUUGAGUUUUGUGAUUGUACAACUUUGCCAAAGAAUGCUAUGCUCGAGAAACAAAGCAGGAUCUGUGUCACGUUGAAGCAUCAUGUAGCUGCUGUUAGACAAGUCUGCACACCAUGUCCCCUCAUUCUCUGAAGAUCACCAGCAAGAUUCUUCACAGAAAAACGUCCGUGUGAACACGAUAUCCCAUAAUCCCCAGUACUGGCAUUAUAGAGGGUGCCUUCUUACUGUCUGUAAUCAUUAAAUAUGAUCACAGUAUUUGUCUAUAUUGAGUCAGAGCCGGUGAGUUUGCAGGACGGACACAGAUACAGGUCUAUGUGUAGUGCACUUAUCCUCACCGUAAAUGCCUGCUGUAAAUUAAAUAAGAUAUUGAAGCUUUCCCGGUUUGCAGUGCUGACAUCUUGAUUUGAUCAUCCAGCCUCAUUUUACUUAAACAGACUCUGGGGUUCAUGAACGACUCAGUUAUGUCAUUAUUAGAAUCAGCUCUGUCAGAAAAAUUCACGUUUUUAACUCAUGACAUAAUUAUAUCGGAUUUGUUGACAACUAAUCUGACUCCAGUGAAUUUUGGAGUGAUGUACAUUGUAAAGCUAAGCUGCCAUUUUGAAGCUAUGACACCUGAUGUUCAAGGUUUGAAGCCUACAAUUAUUUUAGAAUGCAUGAAAAUGAAUGUCUCCUUGUGUGUAUGAAAAUGAUUUUACUGUAGAGCUAAUGUUACAUCAUCGUAGCUGUUUGAUUACUUACUGAAUGGUUUGUUUCAUUGUCUAGUCUUGGAGGGAAACUCAGUGUUGUGCUGCCAACUGUAACUACUGGAAGGAAUUUUUACAACAAUAAUAGACGAAGACUCCUACAGUGUGGGUAUUACAUUGUAAGAACCACACCUAAAUAUGCAGAAGCCCAGUAAAUCCAAUUUUAAACCACAUCCCAUAAAGUGUGGGAUGAUUCAGACUGUCUCUCUGAAGCAAUCCGAUACAACAGCCUGAUGCGACAUUCAUAUGGAUCACAUAGACAGCAAGAAUAUCAUUUUAGUGAAGGAGAUAAGGACAGUAAAAUUAGAUGAGGCCAACAAAGAAUGCUGGUAAUGGUAGACGUCAUUGCUGUUAAAAGUUUAAAUAUUUCAACUUUUUGAUGUCCUCAGCAAGGGCAUUUACAGGAUGUUGCGUAGCUCCUUCACACAAGGAGAAAACACAAACAAAAUAUUAGAAUAAUUACAUAAAAAAAUAUUAUCAAUAUAUUUUAUUCCGUUCUCUGUAAACAAUACAGUUUUGCCAUCCCAACCUACAAGUUUACAUGUUUGGUUUUACCAUUCUGUGAGACUCCUUGUUUUUCCUGUGCCGCCUAGAACGUGUUGUCCACCUGCUGUCUACUGUCUGUCUGAUUUCAUGUGAACACAGCAUUAAAAAGGAGUAAAUGCUGAUUGGUUGGAGGAAUGCUGUUUAAAAUAUUGUAAGUGUACAGGUGUGAGCGAACUAUUUGAUAUAUAUUUGCAAUAUUAAGGUGGCUAAAACCUUGUCUUUAGCCCCAAAAUGCAUUAUUUUCUUUUAAUCACAUACAGUGAAUUACCUUGUAAUUAUUUUCUUUACAACAUUAAUUUGGUGCCUUUCACAACCUUUAUUACCAAGCCUCUUAGUACCUUGACAAAAACAUAUAAGGCUGUUCAUUCAUAACAUUGACGUUACAAUUCCACAUCAACAUUUGAAUACUGUGCAGCUUCUUUCUUUUUGUAUGUCCAAUCAUUUUGUUUACACCCAGUAUUUCUGCACAGUUGCAGAUAAAGAUUAGGCUACAUUUGCACUAUUAGUGUUGUACUAUUUGUCGAAUUAAAUUCCAGUGGUGGCUGCAUACAAUUGUUUCCAAGUCAUUUUAAACUUGUUACAGGGUGUUUACAGGUAUAAACAAGUUAAAUUUAAGACUUUUAAGACCUUUUUAAUGCCACUUAAAAUGAAAUGUAAGACUAAACUUGCGAUGGAAAUACACACUAAAAGCAAAAAUAUACUCUGUCCAAGUAAGCACAUUGAUAUCAGUUCAGAAUGAACAGUAAAAAUGACCCUGAUGAUACUUUCUGUGCUUACAGCUCUGCAUGUGCGAUUUCCACCACCCUGAUUCCCAUUUUACAUUUGAAACACCUUUGACAUACGGUAUAGUUUACCUCGUAAACAUUUCAGGGCACUGGAUUUAAUCAUGAGUAUUCUUUUGAGCUUUUUGCCCUUUCACUUGCAUUUUCCCAUUGCUUGAAAGGUCAUAGUUUAAUGAUGCAGACUCAUUACAUAAGUGCAUUGAGGGGGCAAAAGUAGGGGUGUUGCACACAUACAGGUGUUGUCUAAGUCUGGUUCCCCCGUCGAAUAGUAUUUCCCUCUUGUUAAAAUUAUGUUUCCUAUAGCAGCAACACCAAAAAUUAUAUCAGUGAUGUGACAAAAAAAAAUGAAGACCCAGUCAAUUUGAAUUUAAUUUAAUAGAUGUUAAGGCCUUUUAAUAGUAAAGUAAAUAAGACUGUAAAGGAUCCGCGGCCACCCUGCGUUAAGUCCAAAAGGCUUUUUUUUUUUUUUUUUUUUUUUAAACAAAAGGAAGAUGUGAUCAUUUUGAAAAUUCCAAAUAUGUUUUUAUCUGACAAAAUAUUCUACUUCAGUCCAUAUUUGCUAGCGUUUAGCCUUUCAAAAACAACAUUUUUACUGGCUUCCGCUGCCGGAGGCACGCGUCUGUAUUAACGGGGUGGUCUAGCAAACAAGCUAACUGUACCAUAAAUUAAAAAAAAAAAAUUAAAAAAAACUUACUCAUCAAAUGAGAUGAAUGACUUUGUACAAAUGAAGGAUUUUGUAAAAGGAUUUUUCUUAGGGUGAUGACAUUAUAAAAUAUGACAACAGACAUUCAAAGCUUUUGGAAAACCUCAGUAGAAACUCUGAAUGUCAAAAAACAGAGAUUUGGAAUAGCCUUAAAAUAUAUUUGCUUCCUCACCAUAAAAAAUACUUUCUGUAUGUUGUUGUUGUUUUGCUAUUACUUAAGAAAGAAGGAUGGUGUUCUACUAAUUUUUCAACUGAAAGUUUUAAAAUUAAAUUUUGUAGACAUUCAGGGUGCCCAGAAAAUAAAUUGUUCCAAUUAUGGUGAUCCUUUUUCCACUAAUGCCACCAUGACGUUAACAUUUGUGGUUUUGUGUCAAAUGUUUCAACAACUAUUUUCAUCAUGAUCCCUUAAUAUUACCAUCAUCAGGUCAAAAUUUUCUACACUUUGGUUUAACUUUGGUUUUAAGUAGUAUAUAUCUAACCUUUCAUAUCUGUCCUCUACUUAUUGACAUCAGCUUUUGUCUUAAGUCAAAUAAAACAUAACUUUAUAUGUCUCCAUUUGUUACACUGGCACACAGCAUUCCCACAAACCUACCAAAUCUUGAGAGUGUAAAUACCACAACAGCAACGGCAACAAUACCAAUACUGACAUCAUUGCCCAUCCAAGAUAAAGUCUGGCAAAACCUUCACCAAGAAUACCACAAAACAGUUUUACUAGCAAUAUUUACCAUAAAUUGAAAUGGAAGCUUUGCAGCAACAGUUUUGCCAUAUUUAGUCUUCCAUCAUAUUGUAAAUUUUUUCCCUGAUGAGGUCACUUUGUAUGUAGAAAGCUCCAUUCUGCAGCUCCAUUCAUAUCUUCUUUGUCUGUAUAUAGCAAAGCAACAUUUUAUGUAUCAUGUGGCUGUGAUUUAACUUAUUUUGUGCUGUUUUUCUUUCAUCUUAAAGUCUGAGAGGUGUGUCAGUGUAAUGGUCGAAUGACACAGUUUUUGAACCAGAGUCAUACGAGAUAUAUUAAUAUUUUUUUUUUAGGUUAGCCUGAGUCUUUUAAAAGGGAGUGCACAACAAGCCCGAGCUUUGUAAUUUUAAAUGUAGCAACAAGUUCAGCACUUAACCUUUCAGUAUGCUUACAAAUGAAACUACUUUCUUCCGCUCGUCAUCAGCUUGAAGACACAGUACACCCCAGCUUAGACAGCAACGUGAGAAGUAGUUUGUGAACACUUUGUGCUGAUAAUUCCUGAUAAGCAAAUCAAACCCAAUACCACUCCCAUUUCAGAGUGAUUUUGCUGAAUGUAUCUGUAUUGAUUUUAAUGUGUUUGAUAGUGUGCUCCUUUUGUGUCUAGCCAUUGAACCUCAUGGGCUUUUGUUUCUUGUUUGUUCCACCGUUUGUGUUUACCUCUGUAAUAAUGGUAGUAAUACUAGUCUUGCCUUUUUGUGCACUAAAUUAAUAAACUUAACUUGGUACCAA